GCGUUAUGCAGAUCCUCAAAGUUACAACGUAAAUAUCGACAGGCUAUCAAUAAGACAGAAGAAUAUGUAUCAAUAACUUCCUCUUGAAAUGUCUAUUUUAAAUGAAAUGUCAAUCAAGAGAGAAAGAGAGAUGAGAUGCAUCGAUAUACUGGCAGCUGAAAAAAAUACUGUACAAUUACAAUCACUGAUGAAAAGAUCGCACGAGAAAAGGCACGGUAUAGAAGUGCGAAGUGCGAAUACUCGAGUCUCUCGUGAAUGAUUACGAAUUACGAAUUACGAGUUACGAGCAGAACAGAGCAAAGUGAUGGACAUUAAAGAGCAUCGAACGACGAAUGUAUGAUCAUUGUGGAGUGUUGCUGAUCGAGCCAACCUAACCUGACACGAUCAGCAGGCAUAGACAGACAGCAACAGACAGUGACAGACGCAGACGUGAAGCGAAGUGAAGUCGAGCUGGUCGAGCAUCGCAAAUGACUCGAUCGUAGCGUCGACGCGAAUUAUGGCGAGCCGUAAAAGGACCGACGAUCCAGAUCGUCGGUCGUCGUUGCCUCAACGCCACUUGUGGUCCUCGUCGUCUGACGAGGAGGAGGAGAAGACGAUCUCCUCCUGGACGCCUUGCAUAGCGGCGUGUAAGAACUCCCCAUCACCGUCGGGGAAUGAGAUGGGGAGUUUUCUGCCGUUUUUCUCGUCGUCCGAUGAGGAGAAAAUUACCUCCGCUCGUUGCCAGGAUACCCAAUCAAUCGACUCCGUCGAGCAGUCGACAGGUCAAGACGCGUCGUCGCGUCGCGACAAUAACCCCUUUAGUUUUAAGGCCUUCUUAAAGAAUGGCAUGCAGCAAACCAACUAUCACAACACUGGAGCAAGGCCAAAGGUCUACUCAUCCUCUACAUCGAGUCCCGGUAAUGUCCUUGACAAAGAUAAUGUUGGCAGCAGCGUUUAUUCCGGUCGAAAUCCAACGGAACUGCCAGACUUUGUACAGGAUCACCUGAUCAUUGAACAGUGUUACCUGAACUGUGAGAAUAGUCAACCAAUACUACCUGAUGUGGAUAAUCUGCCGGAUUUUGCAUUAAACAGUAUGGAACAAAGGCAGUCUCGAUUAAGGAACGAGACCAAAAAGAACAACUCUGAUGACAUCUUGUGCGAAGAUCUACGAUCGUUUGAUCUCACUGAUACAUUGCACAAAGGCUUACCAAACAGAGAUCAUUUUGCAUCGAGUAAAAGGCAUCACUUGGACCUACCUAUGUUCGAGGAUAGACUCAACGAAACUGCACCUAUCGUUCCUCGUCCUGAACACAGAGGAUUUCCAUUCGAUUUGCCAGUACCCUUUCCCGACUCCAAUCCUAGUAUAAAUACAACCGCACGAGGUGAUCUUCCUUCGGGAGGUGAAGCAAAUGUUCACAAAUCUCUACCAGAUUUCUUAAGCGAUGGUCCUAUACAUAAUAGAUCUUCAGAUUCGGAACCUACAGCGAGCAUGGCAGAAUCCACAGAAAAAAGGCUUUUGUUCGAGAAUGAAAGGUUACGUCAGCAAUUAGAGGCAUCUCGAAGGCAACUUAGUGAAAAAAUAGAAAGAAUUCGUUCAUUGGAGGCAGAAUUGUUAUCUAAAAAGGAAGUCGAACACGAAGAAACUGUGCACUUGGAAAAAGCGAUGGAGCAAGUUGAAGAUAAUUUAAAACGAAGUACAAAGCGAGCAGUUAAUGCUGAAAGUACUGUCACAUCAUUGAAAAAAGAGAUUAAGGUUUUAACGACAGAGAUAUCUCUACUACGACUGGAGAACAGUGAACUUCGAGCUGGUAUUUCGGCUGUAUCUGGACAAAGUGAAUCGAAUGCUGGUGCUGUUAACAUAAAUCGUACGAUUAGAAGGCUUGCGCGUGAUUUAUUCGCGGCUGCAUCGUCGGCUGAAGUAUCCCUCAGACAAUUAAUGUCCGGUGUGGAUAAUCUGAGAGUGCUCGCAUCAACCCUCGAAAAUGUGGACAGGAUAGAAGACUGGACCAAAGACUUUUUACCUGAUUCCGACGAGGAUAAUGCCGUCGGUCCCGCAGUAUAAUAGAAUUUUUUCUCUAUACACGCGCACACACAUACACACACACACACACACAUUAUAUAUAUUCGUAUUUUCACACUAUUCCCCUUUUUAUCACUUCAUCAUAUAGCCCAUCAUUCCCCAAUUUCACUGCGCAUCCAUUGAUGAUAAAUGAUCCAUACGUUGAUUAAUUCAACGCGUUAAUGCAUUGCUAUGCAAUGUAUUGAUGCUUUGAACGCAAUGAGAAUUCAAUCGUUUCUUGUUAUCUACAUUCGUUGCAGAAUUUUUAAUUCCCAUCCCUCCUGCUUCCGCCCAGACUAACAUCCUGACGUAAGAUCGUUUUGAUCUGUGAACGUAUAAAUAUAUAUUAUUUAUAAAAUAUUCGU